GACCUGAGAUGGCAUCUAGGGAGUGUUGGGACACCUGCAGGUGUCGUUCUGAGGACCCCCGUCCCCACAAGGGUAGCUUGAUAGCUUCAGGAAGUGACCUCUGACCUGGGGGCAGCCCAAGUCCAAGUACCCCAGUCCCAGCCCUGGGCCCAGAGUCCCCCUAUCACUGAGUCUUGGCUCUGCUUAUAGCAUCUGACGCCAGUCGGGCUGAAAAUAGCCCCUGGAGGAGGGGGAGGAGGGGGCUAUUUAAAGGGCCUGGGAGGAGCAGAGCCCAGAAGGAGUGCGGCAAGAUCAUGGCCACCUCAGAGCUGAGCUGCCAGGUGUCUGAGGAGAACCAUGAGCGCCGAGAGGCCUUUCGGGCUGAAUGGAACGAUCUGACACUGUCCACGCGACCUGAGGAGGGUUGCUCCCUGCAUGAGGAGGAUGUGCUGCUGCACGAGACCUACCACCAGCAAGGGCAGUGCCAGGCGCUGGUGCAGCGUUCCCCCUGGCUGAUGAUGCGGAUGGGCAUCCUCGGCCGAGGGCUGCAGGAGUACCAGCUGCCCUACCAGCGAGUGCUGCCACUGCCCAUCUUCACCCCCACCAAGCUGGGUGCCGCCAAGGAGGAGCGCGAGGACACCCCCCUCCAGCUGCUGGCGCUGGAGGCGGCCCUUGGUGGCCAGUGUGUGGACCGCCAAGAUGUGGCUGAGAUCACCAAGCAGCUGCCCCCCGUGGUACCUGUCAGCAAGCCUGGUGCUCUUCACCGAUCCCUGUCCCGCUCCAUGUCCCAAGAAGCACAGAGAGGCUGAGCAGUGCUGCGAGUCAGGCUCCACUGUGCCCAUCCCAGGCUGGGCCCUUCCUGGCUAGGAGCACAGAGAGGAGCUGCUGGUCAUGGAUGCUUUGUAGUUUGCCCAGGGUUGGGGGCUGGGGGAGGAGGGAGCCAGAGACCAGGAUGCCUGGGUUCCCUGAGCUCCCAAAGGGAGGGGAGCAAAGAUGAUGGGCACUAAGGGUGGAGAGGUGGGGGCUAGCACUGCCAAGUGCCCCCAGCCCCAGGAGAAGGGACAAAAGAUGCUGAUGAGGGCAAGAGGUCUCUGGGAAGAGUGACACUGGCCCAGGUUUCACCUCCAGAGAAGGAUGAGAAAUGUGUGAGAGACAUCUGGAAUCCUCUGGGAAGGAGGCUUGAGAAGACCAGAGGAAGGGGGACAUAAAGCGGAC